AUGUUUGUUCGGAGGAUACCGUACUGGAGCAAGGAGGCAGCGAACCCGAGGAGACUGGCUAUGAUUCUCCACGAGUUGCGUGAUUUUAGGAGAGACAAUUCUGAUCAGCUAAAAGACAUUAAAGAGAACAUCCAAAAAACCAACGAGCGAUUAGAGGAAGCUGAGGAACGAAUCGUCGGUUUGGAGGAGAGAUCGCAAAACACCGAAAGCGUAAUGGCGGAGGUUUUGAAACUUCAGACGCAGUUGGAAGAGAGGAUAACAGAUCAAGAAGGCCGUUCGCGACGGAACAACAUCAGGAUUUACGGGGUCGUGGAAGGGGCAGAGGGCAAUUCGCCAUCGAUGAUUGCUUUCAUCGGGGAUAUGCUGAGAGAGAAACUGGAGUUGGACACUUCGCUAUCCUUUCAGAUUGAGAGAGCACAUCGCGCGCUAGCUCCACGGCCGCCAGAAAACGCACCACCGCGAUCAAUCGUAGUGAACUUUCUCAGUUAUAGAAUGAAGGAGGAAAUUUUGCGAUCCGCGUGGAGGAAGAAGGGCUUUGUCUGGCAGGACAGGAAAGUGAACAUUGAUCAUGAUUAUGCCCCAGAAGUACUUAGAAAGCGCAAGGAAUAUAAUAAAGCAAAGAAGCUACUCAAGGAGAAGAUGAUACAGUUCCAAACCCCCUUCCCGGCUAAGCUACGGGUUUUUUUCCCCAGAUGCGAUCCAGGAGUGUUUGAUGAUUCAGUGUUAGUGAUGGAGGGAGAUUCAGCCACUCUAAAGUCUCCUCUUCCUAAAAUGAAGGAUCAUGAUGUGAUUGAGUGGCUAUUUAAAGAUGAAAACACUUUAAUAGCAGAAAUCCAUAAACAGGCCGACAGAAUCACUGUAUAUGAUGAUGUUCUUGAUGGGAGAUUCAGAGACAGACUGAAGCUGGACAAUCAAACUGGAUCUCUGACCAUCACACACACCACAAUGAAACAUGAUGGAGAUUAUCAACUACACAUCCACAGUGGGAGUAAAAGGUUUAGACUCAUUGUCUUCGCUCGUCUGCCUGUUCCAGUCAUCAGCAGAGACUGUUCAUCAUCAUCAUCAUCUUCAUGUUCACUGGUGUGUUCAUCAUCAGUGGUGAAUGUGAGUCAUGUGACUCUGUCCUGGUACGCAGGAAUGAGUGUAUUGUCCAGCAUCAGUGUGUGUGAUCUCAGCAUCAGUCUCUCUCUACCUCUGGAGGUGGAAUAUCAGGAUAAAAACACCUACAGCUGUGUGCUGAACAAUCCCAUCAGCAACCAGACCACACAUCUGGACAUCAACACACUCUGCAGACACACAUGUGAAGACUCUGUCCACUGUUGUGGUCCUACUGAAGCUGUGAUCCGAUUGGUCCUCUCUGCUCUGGUGGGCGUGGCUACUGUCAUCAUUCUGGUUUAUGACAUCAGAUCCAGAAGAGCUGAACGAGAUCAGGCACAUAUUCACACAUCAGAAACCUAA